UUUUUUGUCGCUCAGCUGACAAUUUCAUUUCUCAGACAAACUCCCAAUGUUCAAAGCUCAGUCAAAAACCUCACGAAAACAACUCUUCUUCACUACUCCUCCUCUAAUUCAAAAAUAAAUAAAACGAAAAAAAAUACAUUUGAUUGCCGGAAAUCUAAUUUCCGGAGAUAAUGACGGAAGAAACUUCACCGGACUGGCUUCCCGCUGGCUGGACCCAAGAGUUCAGAUUCCAAAAGACCGGCCGCAGAAUCACGCAUUAUGUAAACCUGGCAACUGGUCAAAAAUUCUUUACCAAGGAUGAUCUUAUUCGCUACACCAAAACCGAAACCAAAACGGAAAGCAAACAAUAUGACGACAGGUUGCUAACUUUAAAGCAAAUUACAAAACCGUCAACGAACAGCCAAGUGAAUGCUGCUGUAAAAGAAAAUGAAUGUCCGGAAUGGUUACCUAAGAAUUGGUUCGUGGAGGUAAAAACCCAUAAGAGUGGUGAAUUCAUUGGAAAGCGAGUCAAGAUAUAUGUUGAUCCAUCAACUGGAUUGAGAUUCUAUUCCAAGCCAGCGGUAUUUCGAUUUCUUAAACAAGCGGAGCAGAGAAAUAGAAAAACUAACAAAAAGAAACAAGCCGCCUACUCUAGAAAGAAAGUUGUGAUUGAGAAAUCAACAGUGGAUGAUUUACCCGCAGGAUGGAUUAAGGAAAUCAAGAUCCAAAGGAAUGCAAAUGGAGUCCGAAAAGAUCCGUAUUACACUGAUCCAGUUAGCGGAUAUGUUUUUCGCUCGAAAAAGGCUGUUCUUCACUAUCUAGAAACUGGAGAGAUUGCUAGAAGUGCUUUUUUGCCACCAAAGUCCAAUGAUGAUCAAAAUUUAACUGAUGAAGAUGGAUCACAACUCCCGGAAGCUAAAAGGCAGAAAGUGAAGCUUCUUGCCACCAAGCGGCAGCUUGUAACAGAUGGGGAGACAUCUGACUUAUCUGGUCUAGAAACCGAGAUCUCCAAGGAAGGCCAAAUUGACGAGGACUGUGCUGAUACUGGGCUUGCUACAGAAAGGAAUCCCAAGACUGCAGAAAAAUCCAGUCAGAGCAGCUCGAUAGCUCAUAAAGCUUCCAAUGGAGAGCAGGGUAAAAUAGUCUCCGCUGAUAACAUGCUUGCUUCAACCGCUGCUGAUGAUGAAAAGGAGAAAAGCAAUAUAAGCUCUAGUAAUUCUGGCAAGUCAAAGAAUAAGAAAGAGCUUGAUUUGCCUCAUGGGUCUUCAAAUCGACUUGAUCAGCUUGAACCUGAGCAGGUGGCUAGUGGCCUUGAACGUGUGAACCCUUGCCAAAAGGAAGCCAAUGGUCCAUGUGUUUUAGAGAAGGAAUCACCUCUGCAGUUAAAUGUUUGCUCCAAUCCAGAGGUGGCAAAGCAACCCUCUGCUUAUCCAAAAGUUAAACCGCGCCGUGGGUUAGCGAAGACCAUAAAGCCCAUUGAAGAUGAAGAUAUUCUCAGAAAGCAACCACAAAUGUUGGAGAUUGAUAAGACUAGUGACACUAAAUCAGAAGUACAGCCUAUGUUUUCUUCAGACCCGUGCCUAGAGUUUAGGGUGAAUACUCCUAGAGGUGGGGUACCACAUGAGGAUGCUUCCGCUGAAGGCCUUGUUUCAACUGCAGCUUCCAGUGUCCUGCAAGAGAAGAAUCUAGAGAAAACGAGGAUGGAAAGCAAGAGAAGAAAUUUAGAAAAUAAGAACUCGAGCAAGGUCAAGAAGAUGAAAGAGCUUGACUUGCCUCGUCGCAUUUCAAAACGACUUGCUGGGCUUGAACAUGAGCCGGUUGGCAAUGGAGUGUCUGCUGAAGUAGCUAUCCAGAAUACAACCAGAAAGUCUGGAAAAUCCGAAGCAAAACCACCAUGUGUUUUGGCGGAUAAAGCAACUCAGCAGCUAAAUGUUGGCCUUGAUGUCACGGUCUCGAAUCAAGCUUCUCCAGCAGUUCUUGGUACAGUAAUCAAUAACAUAAGUCCCCACCAAGAUAGAACAAUUCUUGCAGAGCAACCACAAAUGUUGGGAACCCAGGACAGUGACAGCAAGUCAGACCUACACCCUUUCUUUUGUUCUGACCCGUGCCUGGAAUUUGCAAUCAAAACUCUUACAGGUGCAAUACCAUUAGAGGAUGCUAUCAACGAAGGACUUGUUUCAGCGCCUAUUGCUAAUAUCCAGCCACGGAAGAAUCUAGCUGAAACUACAACUGAAAACAGCUGCUGUAGAAAAACUCUUAUUAACACAAUUAGAUCUAAGAAGAAGGAUGCCGGUUCGCAACAGCGGUCUUCAAAACGACUUGCUGGACAUGCACCUGAGCUGAUGGCAAAUUCUUUGUCCAAUGAACAAUUCCUCAACUUGGCAGCUCAAAAGUCUUACGAUAGCAAAGCUAGAAAUGUGAAUUUGCCUUCAGCGAAUCUGACGGAGAAAUCAUCUCAACAACUCGAGUUUGGACCAAGAGUGGCCCUUGAACAUCAAGGCUUUACAUACCGAACCAAUUCAUCUCACAACGAGUCAUUAAACAAGAGCAAAGAGCCUCAUCAAAACCAAACCAUUCCUACAGGACUGAACAAUGAGAAUCCGGGGGGCCUGCCAUCUGCAAUUCCAUUCGGUAGCCUGUGCUCUGAUCCAUACUUCAAGUUCCCAUUCAAUACUCUUACAGGUUCUAGUGCUGCAGAGGACAGUUUUACUUUUCAGAGAAACUUUGCACUGCCAGAUUACGGCUUCCCCAACAAUUUCCUAAGUGAUAUCCCGUCGCAAGUAUUUCCCGUGGAACAACCUGUUCUGCAACAACAACAACAGUUCCCUUCUAAUCCUCCAUUCCUUCCCCCCGGAAACGUAAGCUUACCCAACAGCGAUACAAUCAAUGCUCAACAAUCUUACAGGACCGGCAAAACGAAUUACCAGGCAAGGUAAAAUCCUAUACAUAGCUUUACUAAAGGAAGCAAGACAAGUUCAGGUUAGAUACUUCUUUUUGAAACUGGCAUCUUUUUGGGUUUUUUUGACUCGGUGGUGUUGUAGCUUUUUGUAUUCUGGCAUGCUUUCCUUAGAAGAAAACAAAAUAUAGGGUAAAUGGCUUAGUGUAAAAGUACAUCGGCUGUUAAUCUAAAGACAUUACACCUUGAACUCUUAAUCUUAUGUUAAAGAUACUGUAGGUCUUGCUUUAAAAUCCAAGGUGUUGUUA